AUGCCAGAGCCUCUUAGUUUUUUACAUGAAGAAGCAGAUUUUAAAGUUUACUGUUUUCCUGAAUUCAAUGCCUCUUGUAUAAAAAUCCCUCACAAUGUAUCAACUCAAACUGUGCUGUAUUUGUUGCUGUUGUCUGCAAUGACCAUUACAAUUCUAGGGAACUCUGUUGUCAUUAUCUCCAUAGCACAUUUUAAACAACUUCACACACCUACAAACAUUUUGGUGAUGUCUCUGGCACUGGUGGAUCUGCUUCUGGGAAUCACAGUCAUGCCGUUCAGCAUGAUCAGGUCUGUGGAAGGAUGCUGGUACUACAGUCAAGAAUUCUGUUUUUUACACUCUAGUUUUGACCUGUGCCUUACUGGAGCAUCAAUUUUCCAUUUAAUUUCUAUUGCAAUUGAUCGAUAUCAAGCCGUGUGUUAUCCUCUUCAAUACCCUACAAAAAUGACCAAACCUGUUGCAUGGUUUAUGGUGGCUGUGAGUUGGAUUACAGCAGCAAUGUGUUCCUAUACUCUCUUGUUUACAAAACCAAGUGAAGACAAUGGAUUACCAAAUUGCUUGGGAAGUUGCACCCUUUUAAUGAAUGCAUUAUGGGCUAUUUUAAGUAUCGUUAUAGGAUUCAUUUUACCAUGUUGUGUUAUGAUUUGUCUUUAUGCUCAAAUAUUUUUAAUUUCAAAGAAGCAUGCAAGAAAAAUGGAGGGGGUGAAGCAGGGCAGAGAUGAUUUGACCAAGUUUUCACAAAAAGAAAAACAUGAGAACAAAGCAGUAAAAACUCUUGGGAUUGUUGUAGGAGCCUUUAAUUUUUGCUGGAUGCCCUUUUUCCUUAUCUCUCUACUUGAUCCUUUUAUUAACUUUGCAACCCCUUCAUUACUUUUUGAUGUCUUUAGCUGGUUAGGUUACAUUAAUUCCACUUUAAACCCUAUCAUAUAUGGCUUUUUCUACCCUUGGUUCAGAAAAACACUAUCUCUCAUUGUUACACUAAAAAUAUUUACUCCUCAUUCAUCUGAUACAAAAGUAUAUACAUAG